AUGGAAAUAAAAAUUGAAAAUUAUUAUGAAUAUGUUAAUAAAGAAAAUAUUGAAAAAUAUUUGGUAUGUAAUAUAUGUGAUAAACCAUUAAUUGAACCUGUUAUAACACCGUGUGCAUAUGUAUUUUGUCGACGAUGUAUAGAAAAAUCGUUGGAUGAUCAUUGUGCACGAUGUUCAUCAUAUACAAAAUCAAAGCAUUUAGUAGCACUUACAGAUCCUGCUUUACUUAUAGAACUUGAUAAUAUUCAAAUCAAAUGUAAGUUAUGUGAACAAAUGGACAUUAGACGAGGUUAUUUUCAAAAUCAUAUUUAUGAAAUAUGUCCAAAAGCAAUUAUUACAUGUUCGAAUAAUGAAAAUAAUUGUUCUUGGAUUGGAUUACGUGAAGAACUUUCAACGCAUUUAACUACAUGUUCAUAUCAAUCAUCGGCAUUAGACUCUCAAAAAGUUAUCUUAGAAGAAAAACAUGGUAAAUUUUUCCCAUAUUUAAAUAUCGAUUUACAACAACGAAAUUUACAAAACCAUGACGUUGCAAUUGCAGUUAAAGCUCUACUUAUUAAUCAACGAUGUACAUGUUUAGAUUUAUUUAAUAAAAAAAUUUCAUCUGAAAGUGCUUCAAUUAUUGCUUCUGUGUUAGAUAAUGAUAUAUUAUUAGAAAUAUUAAGUUUUCGAAAUAAUCUUCUAUGUGAUUCUGGUGUUCAAUUUAUUGCUCAUGCACUUUCAACAAAUUCCCAUCUUCAAUUACUUGAUCUUAAUAAUAAUUCAAUUACUGAUAUUGGUGUUCGAUUAUUAGCUGAAAUGUUAAAAACAAAUCAAACUUUAAUUAAAUUAACAUUAUCUUAUAAUCGAAUAAGUAAUGAAGGAAUGACUAUUUUAGUUGAUGUAUUAAUUAAUAAUAAUUCUACACUUCGAUGGUUAAGUCUUGCAGGAAAUUCAUCGAUUAAUGAUUUAUCUACACAUUCAAUAACAAAUCUACUUCGACAUAAUACAUCAUUAACAACACUUAAUUUAGAAGAUUGUAAUCUUGCAUGGUGGAGUAAAAAACAACUUUAUUUCUAUCAAACAAUGUAUUUUAAAUCAGCAAUAGAUUUACUAUUGUAA